GCUGAGGGCGCUGCGGGCGCUGAAGUCCGUGGUGAGGUCCCCGCCCCGGAGCCCCUCACGGCGGUCCUUCUGACUGAGUGUGAGGUGAGCUGAUUCACAGGCUGUGGGGACGCCUUUGAAGGCACAUUCUGUGACUCGUCAACAUACUGUCACCUGAGGAAACAUCCCAGACCCCAUCAGGAUCAGGACCACAUGGCUGCUUCUCAGGGACCGUUGACCUUCAGGGAUGUGGCCAUCGAUUUCUCUCAGGAGGAGUGGGAGUGCCUGGACCCAGCUCAGCGGAAGUUGUACCUGGAUGUGAUGGUGGAGAACUACAGAAACCUGGCCUCCCUGGCUAAACCAUCUAAAGAUAGCCAGGCCUUUAUGCCAACGCCCGGAAUACAAGAUUUAUUCCCUGAAAUAAUACUGAGUACACAUAAUGGAGAUAACAGUUAUCAAUGGAUUGAACAUUGGAAAAACUUUAAUCAAGAGACAUAUCUUAAUCAUUGGACAAGUGAGCAUGCAGAGGACCAUUAUAAAAAUGGAAAAGUCUUUAAUCAAAUGUCUAAUCACAGCAUACAUCAGGUUAUUCCUAUUGUGGAGAAGACACACAAAGGAAAUCAAUGUGUCCAGUCUUUUCAGCAAUCAUCAAAUUACAAUGAAAAAGAGAAUAUUCAUACUGGGGAGGAGGCUGACAAAUUGAAUCCUUGUGGGAGAGUCUUCAGUAAAAUAUUCAAUCUAAAUAGAUGCAAAAGAAUCGAUAGGGGAAAAAAACCUUAUCAAUGUAAAGAUUCUAUUUGGCCUUCAGGUUGCACUGUAAACCAGAGAAUUCAUCCUGGAGAGAAGCCUUACAAAUGUAAAGCAUGUGGCAAAGCCUUUAAAUGUCAUUCAUCUCUUAUUGUACAUAAGGGAAGAAUUCAUACUAUUGGAAAAUUUUUCAAACUCAGAGAAAAUGAAAUAUGCUUUAGUCAAUCCCCAAGACAUACCCAAAAACAUAGAAAUCAUAUGGGAGAAAAGUCUUAUAAAUGUUCAGAAUGUGACAAAGCCUUUACCUGGCCCUCAACCCUUAGUAUUCAUCAGAGAAUUCAUACUGGAGAGAAGCCUUAUAGAUGUAGAGAAUGUGGCAAAACGUUCAGUGAUUCCUCAACGCUUAAUCAACAUCAGAGAGUUCAUACUGGAGAGAAGCCUUUUAAAUGUAGAGAAUGUGGCAAAGUAUUUAGCCAGCUCUCUAACCUUAUUACACAUCAGAGAGUUCAUUCUGGAGAGAAGCCUUAUACAUGUAGAGAAUGUGGCAAAGCCUUCAGGCAUUCCUCAUCACUUUCUUAUCAUCAGAGAGUUCACACAGGAGAGAAGCCUUAUAAAUGUAGAGAAUGUGGGAAAGCCUUUAGCAGGUCCUCAAACUUUAUUACACAUCAGAGAAUUCAUACAGGAGAGAAGCCUUAUAAAUGUAGAGAAUGUGGGAAAGCCCUUGCUACCUCUUCAUCCCUUACUUAUCAUCAGAGAAUUCACACAGGAGAGAAGCCUUAUAAAUGUAGAGAAUGUGGCAAAUCUUUUGCUACCUCCUCAUCCCUUACUAGUCAUCUCAGAGUUCACACAGGAGAGAAGCCUUAUAAAUGUAGAGAAUGUGGCAAAGCUUUCAGUGAGUCCACAAAGCUUAGGCGACAUCAGAGAGUUCAUACUGGAGAGAAGCCUUAUACGUGUAGAGAAUGUGGCAAAACCUUUAGCCACUUCUCAUCUCUUACUGAUCAUCAGAAAAUUCACACUGGAGAGAAACCAUAUAAAUGUAGAGAAUGUGGGAAAGCCUUUAGCAGGUCCUCACACUUCAUUGCACAUCAGAUAUUUCAUACAGGAGAGAAGCCUUAUAUAUGUAGAGAAUGUGGCAAAGCCCUUGCUACCUCCUCAUCCCUUACUUAUCAUCAGAGAGUUCACACCAGAGAAAAGCCUUAUCAAUGUAGAGAAUGUGGCAAAUCCUUUGUUAGAUCCUCAGACCUUAUUUCGCAUCAGAGAGUUCAUACUGGAGAGAAGCCUUAUAACUGUGCAAAGUGUAACAAAGGUUUUAUUCAGUGUGCCUGCUGCACUAUAUAGCAGAGAGUUCAUAUUUGAAAGAAGUCUUACAGAUUUGCGUAGUGUCAUAAGUUCUUGACCAGCCGUGAGAACUUACUGAACAUCACAGAAUUCAUACUUGAAAGAAGCUUCAUAAAUGUAAAACAGCCUUUAAAAGCCAUUCACAUAGGACUGUACUUGAGAGACUUCAUAACAGAAGAGACGGUAGAAAUGUAGAGAAUGUGUUGGAGCUGUUACCCACAACUCAGAAUUUACUGCACAUCAGAGAUUUUAAAAGUGCAGGGAAACCUUACACUGUAGAAAAUGUGAGAAAGCCGUUUACCUGCAGUCAAACUUAACAUUUCAGGAAUCAUUCUAAAGAAACCGCAAUAAUAUAAAGUUUUCAUCCACAGAUUUGUCCAUGGUUGAAACUUCAUUGAAAAUGAUAAAAUGAGGUCUUACAAUUAUGAGGCAUAUGUCAAAGUGUAUAUCCUCAUUUAUAUCUCAUACCACAAGUGAUAAUUAUUACUGGAUCGAAGUCCCGCAGAUAUAAAGAGUGUGACAAAGCUUACUCAGUAUGCAAACCUUACUUGACAUCAGAAUUCAUACUGGGGAGAAACAAUUUACACUAAUAAAAGAAUAAGAUGCUAAUUGACCAUACCUUCGUGACCCCCACCAGCCAAUGAGGGGUGAGUAUGCAAAUUAACACAGCAAAGAUGGCUGGUUAAUUUGCAUACACAGUAGCUCUGGGCAGCGUGGAAAGGCGGUACCAGCAGCCAAAGGAAGGAGGGCCCAUUUUUGCAGGAAUCUUCAUGCAUGAGGCCUCUAGUAGAAAUAUAAACGUUGUCCUAAAGUCUCUAAUCAGCAUCUGUAUCUUAUUCCUCACAUUGGAAUUUAUUCUAGAGGGAAACCUUAAAUCUGAAGAAUGUGGGAAAUCGUAUAAUUGGACCUACAGCCCCAAUCUGAUGAGGGAUUAUAAAUUGGGUUGAAAUUCUACAUUCAUGAUAUAGGAAGAGGGACAUUUGUUCAAAAUAUACAGUUUACAAAACUCCAAGGAAUUUAUGCCUUAAAAUGACUUUAAAGAUGUAAAAAUUUGAUCCAAGUAUGUAAUUGAUUAUGAAUUUCAAAGUAUCACUGAAUUCAUACUAGAUAGGUAGCCAAAAUUCCUUUCAGGUAUUGCUCUCUACGUCAAAAAGUUUAUUACACAGUGUACUCCAAACUUUAAAUGUUGUUAGGUAAUAUUUGUAUACUUGAAUAUAUCAAAAGAAUUGAUGUUUCCAUAUGUACAAUUACUUAGAGUAUUCUCUCAUUUAUAUUGAAAUCACUUGAAGUCUUUUGAAAAGUAAAUAUUAAUGUGAUUGUAAUCUCAUAUCACUUUAUGCUGCUAUGUUUUAUUCCUGGUGUAUGUGUGAGUGAACUCAUGGGGAUGAUUGUGUCUGCCUUAGAGAUUUGUGAGCUGUUGUAUAUAAUAUGGACUUGUGUACAGUUUCCCAGGGAAUAUGGUUUAUAUUGUAAGGCACAUUAUUUUCUGCUAUUAGGGAAUAAUCCUAUUGAAUUAACCUUUUAAAAUAGUUCUCAACUUUUGUAAAUGAUGUCAUCAAAGUUACUUCCUUUUCUGUGCCAAUGUGUUGAGCUGAAAACUUUUUGAGGAUAUGUCACUUUGUGGUUGUCACAUUUAGGUGACCAGAACUACACUCAGAACAGUGCUGUCUGUGUAAUAGAUUUUUCCAUAGUUAAGAGGAAUAUUGCAAUACCAGUGACAUUGUAAUACCCAGGAUGCAGAAUUGGCAUGAACUCUGCAUGUGGAGAGAGGACACCGUUCCUAGGUUAUAUUGCUGACUGAACUCAGAAAAAUUAAUUCUAUUUCAUUUCCCAUUUCCUGUUCCUCUUUGGGUUUUCACUUUAUCUUCUA